GUUUUCAAACAUACAGUUUUCAAACAUAUAGUUUUCAAACAUACAGUUUUCAAACAUACAGUUUUCAAACAAACAGUUUUCAAACAUACUGUUUUCAAACAUACAGUUUUCAAACAUACAGUUUUCAAGCAUACAGUUUUCAAAAAUACAGUUUUCAAACAUACAGUUUUCAAUACGAUGAGAAGAAUUCUCAAUAUGUGUGUUUGUAUCAGUUUUUAUAUCCAUGUAUGUAUCCAUUUAUCCAUGUGUAAUAUCCGUACUUACAUCCGUUUUUAUAUCUGUGUAUGUGUCCGUAUAUCCGGGUAUGUAUCCGUGUAUCCAUGUUUAAUAUCCGUGCUUACAUCCUUUUUUAUAUCCACCUAUGUAUCUGUGUAUCCAUGUUUAAUAUCUGUGCGUACAUCCGUUUUUAUAUCCGACUAUGUAUCCACAUAUCCGUGUUUAUAUCCGUGCUAACAUCAGUUUUUAUAUCAGUGCAUGUAUCCGUGUAUCCGUGUUUAUAUCCUUGUAUACAUGUUUGUAUCCGUGUAUCCGUAUUUGUAUCCGUGCUUACAUCAGUUUUUAUAUCUGUGCAUGUAUCCGUGUAUCCAUGUUUUAUGCGUACUUACAUCCGUUUUUAUAUUUGUGUAUAUAUCCGUGUAUCCAUGUUUAAUAUCCGUGCUUACAUCCGUUUUUAUAUCCGUGUAUGUAUCCAUGUAUUCGUGUUUAUAUCCGUGCUAACAUCAGUUUUUAUAUCCGUGCAUGUAUCCGUGUAUCCGUGUUUAUAUCCGUGUAUACAUGUUUUUAUCUGUAUAUCCGUAUUUGUAUCCGUUAUCCAUUAAUGUAUCCGUGUAUCUGUGUUUGUAUCCGUGUAACCGUGUUUGUAUUGGUGUAACUGUGUUUGUAUCCGUGAAACCGUGUUUGUAUCCGUGUUUGUGUGGGUGUAUACAUGUUUGUAUCCGUGUAUCCAUGUUUGUAUCCAUGUAUCCGUAUUUAUAUCCGUGCUUACAUCAGUUUUUAUAUCUGUGUAUGUAUCCGUGUAUCCAUGUUUUUAUCCGUACUUACAUCCGUUUUCAUAUCUGUGUAUGUAUCCGUGUAUCCGUGUUUAUAUCCGUGUAUUCAUGUUUGUAUCAGUUUAUCCGUGUAUGUAUCCAUGCAUCCAUGUUUGUAUCCGUGUAUCCAAGUUUGUAUCCGUGUAUCCGUGUUUGUAUCUCUGUAUACAUGUUUGAAUCUGUGUAUCCAUGUUUGUAUCCGUGUAUCCGUAUUUGUAUCCGUUAUCAAUGAAUGUAUCCGUGUAUCCGUGUUUGUAUCCGUAUAUGUAUGGGGGUAUCCGUGUUUGUAUCCGUGUAUCCGUGUUUGCAUCCGUGUAACCGCGUGUUUGUAUCAGGUAACCGUAUUUGUGUCCGUGUAUCCGUGUUUGUAUCCGUGUAACCGUGUUUGUAUCCGUUUAUCCGAAUUUGUAUCCGUUAUCCAUGAAUGUAUCCGUGUAUCUGUGUUUAUAUCCAUAUAUGUAUCCGUGUAACUGUGUUUGUAUCCGUGUAACUGUGUUUGUAUCCGUGUAACCGUGUUUGUAUCCGUGUAACUGUGUUUGUAUCCGUGUAACUGUGUUUGCAGAUGAUAUGAAAAUAAUAUGAUUGAUGGGCCCAAGGGAAUAAUUAGAGAUGAGUAAAAUAUAAUAAUGUUACAGAAAAGCAAAUAUAUAUCUACAUAAAGAUGACUUUUCACUUGACCAGAAUAAGAAGAUCCGAUCAAUAAAAACCUAGGUUCAGAAAUAAGAGAAGUUUCAAUAAAAAACUAGAAAAAUACUGCAGAUUCCAAUAGGAUAAAGUUUCGUUCAACAUCUUCAAGAGCUAAGUAGACCACGCUACGAAAAACUACAUUUUGCAGCUUUCAUUCAUACGUUCUUAAAUGGAAUUAGUUGCUGCUGAGUUAAACAUCAUUGCUCAGAGCAAUCCUAAAUCCUCCUGGGAGACAAUAAACUGAACCAUGUACAGUAAAUUCUGUGGACUGGAGAACCAAAUUUUCUAUAUAAAGCAAACUAAUGCAGGAAAAAAAGUUGAGAAACUAAUCUAUAUAAAAUAAAGGAAAUUUUAUAAUCCCCGAUACAGGCACUCUAUAUAAUACAACAAUGUAUUAAUAACUGAUCAAAACAAACUUAGAAACUUUUGUGAGAGUGAAAAAUCUAGCAGUUUCUUCUUCAAAAUACUAUAGUAAGAGUCAGUGUUCUAAAUACCUCUGAACCUGUUAGAUGGCAUAAGGAAACUGUAGAGCAAACUGUUUUAAGGUUUUACGGAAACUCAGUGAAAAACUCUAUUCCUAGGUUGAUAGUUAACAUCUUCUAACCCUGCAAGAAUAGCUCACUCAAGGAAAAAGUAGAAAAAUGAACGGGACCGAUCUUACUCCGGAUAUCCCCGGGAAUCUAACAGACGAAGAUGAAUCUUGGAUAAAGAAUUCUUUAUCCCUGUGUCUAGAAGGGGUUCUACUCCCUAUCCUUGCACUUUUCGGAAUUGUUGGAAAUAUAUUGUGCCUGUUCGUGUUUAACCAAAAGAAGGUUGAACUGAAACCCAGUUUCUCGAAUAUUCUAAAGUGUCUCUCGGUCUUUGAUAUUCUCUUCCUGGUUGGAAUGGUUCUACUCUACACAGUACCCAGAGCAUCAUCAACCUAUAGAACCAACAUUGAACCUGUAAUCCUUCCCGUCCUGCUUCCUUUAACCCAGGUUACUCUCACAGGAAGCGUUUACAGUGUUGUUGCUGUUGCUGUUGAGAGAUAUUACACAAUAUGUAGACCGUUCAAGUACAAUAUGAUGGGUGAAUGUAAGGGGUUACCGUACAUCAUGAUAAUCAUCAUCUUCUCCUUCGUGUACAACAUCAACAAGUUCUUCGAGCUCACAACCAUCAGUAAACUUGUAGAAACAGAGGCCGGGAACCACAGCGUAUACGUAAAUGAAAUGACUCCUCUGAGAAAAAAUGCCACCUACACUACAGUUUACAUUCUGUACAACACUUGCGGUAUGGGAAUCCUUCCCAUCUUCCUCCUCACAUUCCUUAAUAACAGGAUAGUACGAGAUAUGAAACAAGCGACAAGGAUUCACAAUAAUAUCUCUAAAUCCCAGAGGAGGGAUGGUGCAAUGUCUGCUCUGUUGACCGGCAUAGUUGUGGUCCUGGUUAUCUGCCACUCUCCCAAAACAAUAAUAAAUAUGCUUGAAUCAUACCAGACAUUGGUUUACGGAGACUUUCAGUCUCCUCCUGGUUGGGGAAACCUUGUCAUAAAAGUUAGUCAUCUACUCCUAACCUUCUCUUCUGCAGCUAAUAUACUUAUAUAUUCAUACAAGGAUUUUCGGUUCAGAACAAUUCUUGCUUCGUUCUGCAGCUUCAGCCAUCCUCACUCAGACGUGAGUUCCCGUGGUGAGGGAAGUAUAGGAGAUCAUGUAAUCAGGACAAAUACUAACAAUAUUCACAGAACUAAGGAAACUAUUCUUUAAACUAGAUAUUCCAGGGACCAUAAGCAUUACAUUGAUUCUUUUAUUUUGUACUAGCUCCCGGCGUUGCCCGUGGAAUUUAAAAAGCACUAGACAGUUCGAAUUGAAAAAAAAAAUAUUUUAGCCUAUUUUACUCUUAGGACACUCUUGGGUACCCUCAACCAAUUUAGUCCAGCAGUGUGACCAGCUAUAGCUAACAAAUAUAUACAUAUAUAUAAUAUAUGAUCGAAGAGCUUUAUUAUUUAGAUAUUUGCACAAACUUGGGCCCUGAAAUAGAUACUAUAAUUGGUUGAGAUGAGUUCAACGUGAAUAUUAGGCGAGUCUAGGGCCCAUAUAUUAUAUGAUAUCCAUGCAGUUGACUAUAUGGUCCAGGGCCCAAACUAAAAAACAAACAAAAUUAUGAUAAUGUGAUAGAUCUAUUGAUUUGCCUUGGCAUAAAAUAUUUUGGUUGCCAAGUAUGUCUGUAUGUUUUGGAAAUAUAUAUGAAUACAAAUUAUUUAUAAAUAUCAUAAACAUGGCAGCAAUACCCCCCCCCUCACUACAUUUCUUGUUUUUAAAUCAUUACAACAAUUUUAAAUUUAUAAAAUUAUAGAAAUAGAAUUAAUAAUAAUGAAUAUCCAGUCAGUAUUUUUCCAGUAAUAUAAAAAGAGCUUCAUUAAAAGAAACUCUAUUUUUCCUUUUAAUGAAAAUGUAAAAUGUAUGUCACAUUGUCUAUAUAAUGUUAUUGUUAUAUAUUAUUUUUGAGAAUAUAUAUCCGAAUUUAAGAGCUGUUGCAUAUAAAGAAAAGAUAGAAACAUUUGUAUCAAAUGUUUAAAUCCUAUAUUCUAUUCUAGCUUUAAGACCUAUAUAUUGUAUCUGUAUCUGAUAAGAGGAACACAGAUGUGAAUAACUAUAUCACUUCCCUGUAAUAUCUCUGUGCACUGUAUUUCUUCCCUGUAAUAUCUCUGUGAAUACCUGCAUUACUUCCCUGUAAUAUCUCUGUGAAUACCUGUAUUCCUACCCUGUAAUAUCUCUGUGAAUACCUGUAUUCCUACCCUGUAAUAACUCUGUUAAUAGCAGUAUUAAUUUCCUGUAAUAUCUCUUUCAAUAGCUGUAUUACUUUCCUGUAAUAUCUCUGUGAAUAGCUGUAUUACUUUCCUGUAAUAUCUCUUUCAAUAGCUGUAUUACUUUCCUGUAAUAUCUCUUUCAAUAGCUGUAUUACUUCCCUGUAAUAUCUCUGUGAAUACCUGUAUUUCUUCCCUGUAAUAUCUCUGUGAAUACCUGUAUUUCUUCCCUGUAAUAUCUCUGUGAAUACCUGUAUUCCUACCCUGUAAUAACUCUAUGAAUACCUGUAUUCCUACCCUGUAAUAACUCUAUCAAUACCUGUAUUCCUACCCUGUAAUAACUCUAUCAAUACCUGUAUUCCUACCCUGUCAUAUCUCUGUGAAUACCUGUAUUCCUACCCUGUAAUAACUCUAUGAAAAUCUGAAUUCCUACCCUGUAAUAUCGCUAUUAAUAUCUGUAUUUCUACCCAGUAAUAACUCUAUGAAUAAUGAAUAUAGCUGUAUUUAUACUGGGAAAUAACUUUAUGAAUACCUGUAUUCCUACUUUGUAAUGACUUAUCAAUAUACCUGUAUUCCUAAUGUACAAUAAUUCUAUGAAUACUUGUAUUUCUACUCUGCAUUAACUCUAUUAAUGCCUGUUUUCCUACUCUACAAUAACUCUAUGAAUAUCUGUAUUCCUACUUUACAAUAACUCUAUGAGUACCUGUAUUCCUACUAUGUAAUAACUCUAUGAAAUUAGCUGUAUUCUUACUCUACAAUAACUCUACAAAUAUCUGUACUUCUGCUCUGCAUUAUCUCUAUUAAUAUCUGUAUCUACGAAUACCUGUAUUCCUACUCUACAAUAACUUCAUGAAUACCUAUAUUCCUACCCUGUAAUAACUCUAUAAAUACCUGUAUUCCUACCCUGUAAUAACUCUAUAAAUACCUGUAUUCCUACCCUGUAGUUUUCCUCAUGAGACACAUCAAAUACAGUUACUACAGUUAUUACAACAAUGUUGUCUUCUUUUUUUGUUUUCUGGUUAUCACUGAACCGGAAUUCUUUUCCAAAAUGUUGUAAUUCAUGACCAAAAUUACUUUGUCGUUGUAAUUCUUCUCUAAAAUUACUAUGUAAACAGUUGUAAAUGGUAACCAAAAUUACAAAGUUAACAGUUGUAAUUCGUAACAAAAAUUGCUAUGCUAAAAGGAGUGUUUGCGAACAAUGAAAGGGGGUAUACAUAGGUUUUCGUGAAAAAAAAAUUUGAUGCGAUCGCUACUUAUCUGUUGCGCCUAUAAGGAGAAAAUGGUUAAACGCAACUCAUACCAAACAACGUAGCGCCCUUACAAAUACAGAAAGUUGCGAUAUUCAACGCAUUCGUAUUUAGUUGAUAUUUCAUAUUAUGUUUUAUUUGUUUUAUAUGCAAUGCACUUAAAACGAUGAUUUUUUGUCCGCUAGGUGUCUCUCCCACAUGCAACCACAAAAACAUCGAGAGCAGAGACACCUAGCGGCAAACUAAUCGUCGUUUAAAUUGCAUUAUAUAUAAAACCAAUAAAAAUAUUAUGAAAUAUCAACUAUAUACGAAUGCGUCGAAUAAAAUUCGAUGAUUAUAGGU